AUAUAAACAUAUAAACAAAGAAAAGUGCUACGAAAUUCGAUUUCAUUUCAUUUCCUUCAGACAGUAAACAACAACUGGCGACAAUCUCACCGUAAACCAUCGCCACGGUCGAAGAAGCUCUUCCGGAUCGAGUUUGCAGCUUCGUCUUUGCUAUCCAAUAGAGAGACGCAGGAUGGGUAAAGUAUUUCUCGAUCACAUCGGAGGCCAGAAGCUGUACAAUUGUGCUGCCUGCGAAACCAAUCUGACCAACAAGAGGGAAUUGAUCAGCACAAGAUUCACCGGGGCCACAGGGCGUGCCUAUCUGUUCAAGCGAGUGGUCAAUCUUACGUACUCUCAGGUUCAGGACCGUGUUAUGCUCACUGGUCGCCAUAUGGUUCGCGAUGUGAUGUGUAAAAACUGCAAAGCCAAACUGGGCUGGAUGUACGAGUUUGCUACCGAAGAAACGCAAAAGUACAAAGAGGGACGAGUUAUCUUGGAGCAUGCCCUCAUCACCGAAUCCGAAGGCUUUCCGGAUGUGUGAACGCGUGAAUCGUUAGAUUUAGGCCCUCCCUAGUUGAUAACGGGUCGCGCUGUUUACACCAGCCUUUCUUUAUUUAAGCCCUACGUGUAUCAUCAUCCACUACAAAUAAAUCGACCGCUCAUUUGACGCCCAA